GUGGUCAGGCGCGUUCAUUGUAAAGCUGCUGUGAGGAGUGAGGGAGGUUCACGUUAAUCAGCCUGAUGCAGGUUUGGGGGUUUGUUUUAGUUACUAUAGCAACCGUUUGUCUUCUGGUUACUGAUAAAAUACCGCCUACGGUUUCAUCACUGUUAAAACUAGCAAUAAACCGUAUCUACGCAUUAAAACAAACUUCACACCCUCUGUACACGCGACACGACAAAACUAUAAUAAAUCACCGAAGAGUACAAUAUACACUGGGCAGCUGCGUAGACGGGGAGCGUUGUAGUUAGUUUUAUCGCGUCGCUCAGUGUCUACAGUGUCUACAGGGCACUGGAGGUCACUUCCUGAUUUACUGACUGUCGGCAAUACGUCCUAACACUUUCAAAACGCUCUGCCUCGAUUUAAAUGACAACGGUUUGCGUGCCUGAAAAGCGACGUUACCUACACAGGUGGAAGUAGCCAUAGUUUUUGACUUUAUUUGAUGCAGACCAGCACUUCAUUCAGUCGUAGCGCAGGUGGAUUCAUCGACUCGUAUGUUUUCCUGGCACAUUUAUAUCGGUGAGGAUGUUUUAAAAUGGCGGUGGCAGCGUCACAACAGGGUCUGGAGUAAAGGUGAGGAGGUGAUGGACACACACACAUCCUUCCACCUGCAGCAGGAACAUGGCAGAAGCAGAGCACACGUCCUGUGAAAGCAACACAAACGGUCAACGCAUUGAUGAUUCCCAGGUCUCAUCGUUCAGCAACUCUUCACACAACCAGUGUUUGCCUCUCACCCAAAACCAUGUCAACCAUCACAUGACCUCAGACUCUCAGCUGCCACAUGUCUCCCUCAGCUACAAGUCAUUCACUCCCUUUAAUGGCACAUGUGAUGAGGAUCGCAGCAGCUUGGCCUCUCAGGACUCUGGAAUCCCCACCCUUGAGAUUAACCCCCCUGAGCACAUUCAUGCUCGAGUCACCACUGCUGAGCUGGUGGUUCCACCGCCACAUGAUGAUAAUCCGGCAACACUAAACUUGGAUGUUUCAGAUAACUCUAUACUCAAGUCUUCCACCUUCCCACGUUGUGACUUUGAUUUGGUACAUCUUUAUGGUGCAAGUGGGCUCUCCAGUGCGGCAGGCAAGGGUACUUUGAACCGCAGUGAUGAAAUUUCAGUGUGCAGUGUUUCCAGUUUAAGUACCGAGUUUUCUGCCACAUUGUCAGUCAGUAAUGAGGACUUCCUAGACUUCAUGGUUACAUCCGAGUCCAGCGCCGUUGUUACAUUUGAGAAUGAAGAUGUCUUGCACCGUUGUGACAAUUCACUCUCAUCUCCUACUGACCUACACGGCAAGCUGAGCAGCCCACAACGGCAACCUGUGGGGGUCUCUACACCACAUGAGGCUAGACCCAAGAGACUGGGUCCACUCGCCAGCUUCUUCCACAAGAGUCUUUUUGCUAAGAGAAUGAAGGAAGCGGGUGUACUGGAAGAACAGAGAGAGCCUGGCUGGAAGCUGUUUGGUAAAGUUCCACAUAAAGAACUUUCAACCAAAGACUCCAGGAAAAUGCAAAAGCUGAAAGAGGCCCAGAAACGGAAAAAACAACUAGAGGACAGGUGUAAACAUGAGGAAAGCGUUGGCAAUGCUGCUCUCACCUGGAGUCAGGAGAUAUUACCCAACUGGCAAAGCAUGUGUUCAUCCAAGCGGGUGAGGGAUUUAUGGUGGCAGGGUCUGCCACCCAGUGUGAGGGGCAAAGUAUGGAGUUUAGCGAUAGGCAAUGAACUGAACAUCACAGAUGAGCUGUAUAAUAUCUGUUUGGCAAGAGCCAAAGAAAAGUGGAAUGCCUUUGUAGCCCCAACGGCUGCUACAGAAACAGAGACUGAAGACACAGGCUUGUCUCAUGCUGAUCGAGAGGCCAGUCUAGAACUGAUCAAAUUAGACAUUUCCAGAACCUUUCCCAGUCUCUGUAUUUUUCAACAGGGAGGCCCAUACCAUGAUGUAUUACACAGCAUUCUGGGAGCUUACACUUGCUAUCGUCCCGAUGUAGGAUAUGUGCAGGGAAUGUCCUUUAUAGCAGCAGUGUUGAUCCUCAACAUGAACACUGCUGAUGCCUUCAUUGCAUUUGCCAAUUUGUUGAACAAGCCUUGUCAAAUGGCUUUCUACAGAGUGGACCACAGCCUUAUGUUGACAUACUUUGCAACAUUUGAAGUGUUCUUUGAAGAAAAUCUACCGAAGCUCUUUGCACAUUUUAAAAAUAACAGCCUGUCCUCUGAUAUUUAUUUAAUUGACUGGAUCUUCACCUUGUACAGUAAAUCACUCCCACUGGACAUUGCAUGCCGUGUGUGGGACGUGUUCUGUCGUGAUGGCGAGGAAUUUCUCUUCCGCACAGCACUGGGGAUUCUGCGUCUUUACGAGGACAUCCUCACACACAUGGACUUCAUCCACAUCGCUCAGUUCCUGACGCGCUUGCCGGACUACAUCUCUGCCGAAGAGAUUUUCUCCAGCAUAACCACCAUCAACAUGAACAGCAAGAACAAGAAAUGGGCACAAGUCCUUCAGGCUUUGCAGAAAGGACAAGACCGGGGCAGUCCACUACUGAAACACUAAGGAUGCAUCCUCAUGUCUUCUCUUCCACCUCACAGAGACUAAGAGAGAAACUCAUGUUGACUGUGCAUGGGUACUCCUGCAUACCUCUGGUACCACAUCCGAAAAUAUCCAUUCCAGUGGCCAUCAUACAUGUCCAGUUCCAUACAAACUGACCUCACAGGGCUGGAACGGAGGCAACACAUCACAACUCUCAAUUAGGUGUGGCAAUGUGAGUUUGUGAAGAUCUAAAUUAUUUAAUGUCUGUGUCCUUUCAUUACUUUCCCCUUCACCCUUUCUCUUCUGCUUUAUCCUUCUGCCUCCCUCAGCUUAAACAAGGCAUUCCCAUUUAAGCGAAAUAAAAUAAUAUAUGUUUUGCUGUGGUUUUCUAAGGUUGUUUUUAUUUGUUGUUUGUUUCUAAUAUUUAGUUCUUAACGCUUGUGAAAGCAUAUUGACUUGAAAUGAGAUUCUUUUUCUUGGUGGCCUCUGAGUAUCCUUCAAAAUCCUGGAAUAUCAAAGGUAGUGUUUUAAAAAACUAGAAGUGCACAAAUCAUGACGAGAUUAUUUUGUUUGCUAGGAUGCAAUGUCAGUGAAUCCCACCAUUGUUUCUAAGACUUUUGUACACUUUUUAAUCUAAGUUUCUUUUCAAGAACUAUUGUUUAUUCUACCUCUUACUCCCUGUAAUGUGUCUGUAAUCUGUGUUUCUGUUCUCUGUAUUACAAAUGUCUUUAUUCAGAGAUUUGAGUGAAUACUGUUUGUGGAAUUGUUACUGGAUUCUCUCUUUUUUUUUUCUUCUUUUUUUCCUCUCUUUUUUUUAUAGGAAGUGUUGUGCCAGUCUAAAACCAAAUAUGCUGGAAUACUAGCGUUUCUGCAGUUACAAAGUUUGGUUUGAGUUCAUGACUACAGAACAGGAUUUUAGCAUAAUGAAUGUGGCUUUAACAUUGUGGUGCAGCUUGGAUCUCAUGGUGGUUGAAGUGUUGAAAAGAAGGUAGAUGAAAGAUUUAGUAUGUGUUCAUAGAUGGUGGUGGUUUUCUGUCAUACGGCUCAUCUCCGCAUUAUGCUUGACAUCAUAAUGUCUUCAUUAGAUCUUGCAGUAAAUUACUCUUGACAUUCAACACUUAAAAUCAGACAAAAUCUAAUUAUUCAAAAUCUAUGAAAUACCAUGUUAUAAUGCUUCAUAGUCUUUACUUGUUUCAUGUAAACAUGCACUUAACUGGCCUAAUUUAUGGAACCAUAGUGUAACAGCAAUAACAGUUUUUUUUUUUUAGCUUUUUUUUUUUUUAGUUUAGAGAAGUGAAAGUCAUUUUGGUAAAUAUAUUUCACUGCGAAGUAUUGACAGUAUCAUGUUAAACAUCCAGAUGCUUAUUUAUUAUCUUGAUUAGAAUGCAUGGUAAAGUUAAUGGAUUAUUAUUUUUGUGAGGGGGAAGAAAAAAGACCUAAAUUUCAUAUCUUCAGAGAGUGUAAGUGUGUAUACUGUAUGUACACACGGUAAUAUGUAAACAAGCUAUUAAGGCACCAGAAUAUUGAAAGGCACUCGAUAUCUUAAGUUUAUCUUGAGAUAUUAUCAAGAUAAUGUGGUGAGAUUUCACUGCUUUGUGAUCACUGUGAUCAAAGGAAAACCUCCCACCUUUUUUGUGGUUUAAACCACACUACUGCAAUAAGCUGCUUUGCUAAUUUGUUUUUUUUUCAUAGAUUCUCACUGUCAUCUUAACUAUGCUCUGCCAUUUCAUGUUUUGUUUGUUGUUCAUUACCAUAUAGGAACCCCAGGAACUCGUUUUUUUGUUCAUGUUGGCUGUUUUCAUUAUUAUCUGAUUAUUCAUUGCCCUCAGUUUUAAAAUAUUUAUAUAUCUGGGGGACAUGCACCAGGAGCAUUAAGUUAAUGGCUUUCUUUUUUGCUUUGAGACCAAAGUUUUGAAUGAACUUAUGCACAUAACUCAGAAAAAGAGCUUAAAAGACUUUAUAUGUGUCCAGUGCAUUCAGCUGUUUUAGUUCAUGUACAAUAAAGUAGUGAAGACAAUCUCAGUUGUAAUGACAGAGAAGACGUGUGUGUGUGUGUGUGUGUGUGUGUAUAUAAACAACUUCAUGUUAUAUUGUGAGUACUUGAGUGUGUGCAUCACCAUAAACAAUUAAUUCUGUUCAAAAGAGCAUAGGCCAUCCAGGAAUACAGGAAAUGUUAAUAAUGAAGUACAGUAAUGUUAUUGUGCAAUGUAUUUAUGUUAGUGUUUCAUGUGGGAACUGACAGAAUCAGGCGGUAAGAUGAAGGCAGCAGGAUGUUCAAUGUACCUGUGCCCACAUUUGUGACCCUGGACCACAAAACCAGUCAUAA